GCAUUAGGCAUCUUCUAUUAAAUGGCGACUUUGAUUUCAUUUUAUUCAGGGAGAUCUUUGACUUUGAGAUCAAUUAAUGUCCUUACAUUAGGCUCGAGGGCUAUCUCACACGAAGCACUGAAGAAAAAGAAACUGAAAUUAAAUCAGUUUGUACCAAGAGAAGUAACAGCUUUUGAGUUGUUUGCAAAGGAACAGGGAAAGCUUGACUUCGUUACAAACAAGACACACAAAAGAAAAUACGCUCAAUAUUGCAAGCGAUGGGAUUUCAUGUUAGAUGAAGAAAAGCAGCCUUAUAUUGAUCAAGCUGAAGCGUUUAACGAAGCAAGAUUCGAUCAAACAAGAAAAGACUAAAAUUAUAACAUCAAUAAAUUAUAGCAUAAAAUUGUAUCAAUUUUCAGUUUCUGUAAAAACAAUUCUCCGUAUUCUAGAUCACUUUCCUCCGUAAUCCUUGCUAUACCAGAGUACAGACUGUACAGUUUGCUCACCUCCGUAUUCUCAUCGUUUCAUGGCUUUGGAUUUUUCGGAGGGAGACAACAAGUAUUUUUUUAUUCAGGACAGGGAGGAAGAGAGCCCAGCUAUGACAUCUCCAAAGAGGCACAAAGGCUCCAGCUGGUUCAUCUGGGACCCGUGUGGAAUUGCCUGCGCAGUGGCCACGUACAUAUUUCUAGUCUAUGGGGUCGUUGUACUUCUGGCAGUGGUCGCCCCGGCUUUUCCAGACGUCUUUACGUUUCUCUCCACCCUUGCAUUCACAGGUCUAGUGACCCUCUCUGUUGUCUCCCAUGUCAAAGCAAUGAUAACCAAUCCGGGCGUGGUCCCACAUGAGAGUACGACAGAGGAGGAGAUCAGUAAGAGGCGGAGUGAAGGGGAGGAAGUCCGUUACUGCAAGAAGUGUCGUAGCGUAAAGCCUGACAGAGCCCACCAUUGCAGCAUCUGUGAACACUGCAUCCAUAGGAUGGAUCACCACUGCCCCUGGAUUAAUAAUUGCGUUGGGCAGAAUAAUCAAAAGUUUUUUGUUCUUUUUACGUUUUAUGUCAUGAUUACGUCUAUUUUUGGUCUCUUUCUAACUGCCUCAUUCAUCUUUAGAUGUGUACAGAAUAAUUUUGAAGGUUGUGAUGCAUUUCUUCCUGGACCUCUUGUCUUCAUUGCCAUCAUAUUUUGUGUCUUUGAAGGUUUCUUGUUCUCUCUUUUUACAUGUAUAAUGUUCUGUACUCAAAUACACGCCAUCAUCACUGAUGAAACAGGCAUUGAAUCAUUGAAGAAAGAAAACAGAUCGAGACAAAAAUGGUCUGACAGCCUCAUUGAAGUGUUUGGUUCUUCUCCUAGUUUCUCUUGGCUCUCUCCAUUCGGUGAACCUCCUUACAAGACACUCCGCACUCACUUACACUCUGUACUAUUAGAUGUAUAAUUCCUCCUCUAUUUAUAAUGUUUUUAUUUAAAUUUGUAUUUGUUUUCCUACUUUCUUUCUCUCUCUCUCUAGCUCUUCUCCUUUCUGCUCUGCCUCUUUUUUCCUUUAAAAUAAUUCACAUGCUCUUGAGUGGCUCUGCAUAUUUA